AUGGAGGCUGCCAGGAAGAGGAAGAUGCCCCAGGACACCCAGGCAGAGACCAGGGAGGACAAAUCUCUGCGGCAGAACCUUGUGGAAGAGGCCAUUUUGAGCGACGCCACGGGGCAGGAAUCCAACGGGGAGGAAAAGCCACUGAGAUCCCCAGGAGGAGGGGCUGCAAACCCAACCUCGGGUGCUCGGAUUCACACAGAGGAGCGGCCCUUCUGCUGCCCUGACUGCGGCAAGGGCUUCAAGCACAACUCCAACCUCAUCAGGCACCGGCGCAUCCACACUGGGGAGAGGCCCAAUGAGUGUCCCCAGUGUGGGAAGAGCUUCACCCAGAGCUCCAGCUUGACCAGACACCAACGGAGGCACUGGUGCCUGGGCCCUUUCAGGGGCAGCUGCCCCAUGCAGGAAGCUGGAUGGAUGCCGGGCAAGGGGGCUGGAUCCUUGCCACAGAGCAAGAGGAAGAUGAAGGUGGCUGUGCUCAGCGUGGCCCUGCUCUUCUCCAUCCUGCUGUGCCCCCCGGCACAGGCCAAGGCACUCCUGGAAGGAACCCAAGAUGAUCUCCGGGAGCCCCCUCUGCCUGAAAAGCUGCGGGAUGUUCUGCGGCAGAAGCGCCAGGCUGAAACUCACCAGGGAUCGCCUGUCCCCAGGAGCAGUUCCAUGGCGGUGGCCACGGCGCUAGGUUCCCUGGGCGCGGUGGCCCUGGGCACCUUUGUGGUGGCCCUGCUGCUGCGGUGGCUCCAGGAUGUGCUGGUGGCUGUCACCCGAUUCCGGGCCACUUGUCGCCAGCUGAACAAGUUCCCCAUCCCAUCCUGCUGCAAUUGGUUGCUGGGACACACCGGCAUGGGCCAGAGCACGGAGGAAGCCCUACAGCAGGUGGACACCUUGGUGGCCCAGUACCCUCAUGGCUGCCUCUGGGUGGUGGCCAUUGGGGAAGAGUGGUGGCCAUGGAUGGGAUUUGGCCAUAGACCGGUGGCCCCAGGUGGCCCCUGGCUCAUCUCACCCCCGCAGGACGAGAACGGCCACACCCUGUCGGACGAGGACAUCGCGGCUGAGGCUGACACCUUCAUGUUUGAGGGUCAUGACACCACGGCCAGUGGCCUGGCAUGGCUCUUCUACAACCUGGCUGGCCACCCUGAGCACCAGGAGCGAUGCCGCCAGGAGGUCCAGGAGCUCCUGGCUGGCCGGGACACUGCAGACAUUGAAUGGGAGGACCUGUCCCAGCUGCCCUUCACCACCAUGUGCAUCAAGAACAGCCUGUGACACCCUCCUGUCAUUGCUGUGUCCCAGUGCUGCACUGAGGACAUCGCCCUGCGUGAUGGCCGUGUCAUCCCCAAGGGGGUCAUCUGCCUGAUGAGCAUCUACGGGAGCCACCACAACCCAGACCUCUGGCUUGAGCCUGAGGUAUUCAACCCUCUGAGGUUCAGCCGAAACACCAAGGGACAGUGCCUGUUGUCCAUCAUCCCCUUCUCUGCUGGCCCCAGGAACUGCAUCGGGCAGAGCUUUGCCAUGGCUGAGAUGAAGGUGGCAGUGGCACUGACACUGUCCCGGUUUGUGCUGCGGAGGGACACGGCGAGGCCACCCCCGCGCCGCAAGCCCGAGCUGAUCCUGCGUGCUGAGGACGGGCUCUGGCUGCUGCUGGAGCCACUGGGAGUGGCUGAGGGACAUGGGUCACCAGGACAUGGGGACAUCCUGCAAGGGAGGUGUCACAGCCAGGGAAAGAGCAGGGAAUAAACGGGAGCAUGAAGGGGACAGUAUCGUGGUGGUGGUGGGGAUGUGCUGUCCUUGGUCAUGGGACACCUCAUGGCAUGGACAUGUCAACCCAUGGACUUGUCCCCUAAGCCACUUGUCACCACCCAUGGCCACGUCCCCCAUGUCCUCAUCCAUGCCCAU